AUGGCCGACGCGUCCACCAAUCGCCGCCGCAAUCGCCGGCCGACCGCCGCUGCCGCCGUCGGCCUCCUCCUCGCCGCCGUCCUCGCGCUCGGCCUAAUCCCCAAUGUCUCCGCCGGGCCCGCCCCAGCCCGGGCGGCGCCAUUGUGCGGGGCCGAGUACCGCCGCAGGUGCCACGACAGGGCCGAGGCCCUGAAGCUCAAGGUGGUGGCGAUCGCGGCCAUCUUGGCCACAAGCAUGAUCGGGGUCGGCGCCCCGCUGUUCUUCCGGGAGGUCCCCGCGCUGAAGCCCGACCGGAAGCUGUUCGAAAUCAAGGCCAUCGACUCCGGGGUCAUACUGGCCACGGUGUGCAUGCGCGUGAUGUCCGACUACUUCGACCCCUGGCGGUCCAAGUGCCUGCCCGAGGUCCCGUGGAGGAAUUUCCCGUUCACCACGUUCGUGGCGAUGCUCUCGGCCGUGAUCACUCUGAUGGUGGACUCGUACGCCAUGGCCCACUACAAGAAAAUCAAUGCCGAGAUUAGCGGCGGUGGCAGCAGCAGGGAUGCGAAUGGUCAAGCGAAGGACGCGGUGGUGGUGGUGGUGCAUGGAGGGGCCGAUGCGCACCUGGACGGCGCGCAGCUGCUGAGGCAUAGAGUCGUUGCUCAGGUGCUGGAGCUGGGCAUCGUGGUGCACUCGGUGGUGAUAGGCCUCUUGUUGGGGGCCUCCGACAAUCCAUGCACGAUCCGGCCGCUCAUCGCCGCCCUCUGCUUCCACCAGAUGUUCGAGGGGAUGGGCCUCGGCGGGUGCAUACUACAGGCGGAGUUCGGGCUUAAGGUGAAGUUGAUCAUGGCCUUCUUCUUCUCGGCCACCACACCGUUCCGGAUUGCGCUCGGGAUCGGCCUGUCGAACGUGUACAGCGACAGCUCCCCGGCGGCGCUGAUCGUGGAGGAGCUGCUGAACGCGUCGUCGGUAGGGUUGCUGAACUACAUGGUCCUCGUGGACCUCCUCGCUGAAGAAUUCCUGUGGCCGAGGUUGCAGGCCGACAUGAAGCUCCAAUUGUUCGGGGCCGUAUUCAUGGCCCUGAUGACUAAAUGGAUCCGUCAGUGGGAGAACGCCACUGCCGUCGCCGUCGCCACCGUCACCGCUACGCACCCCCUCGACGUCGUCCGCACUCGUUUCCAGUCAAUGGAUCAAUACAAAGACACAUCAAUGGAAGUGGAGGGAUAUAAUGAAAUGAGUCUGCUCAUGGAAUUGUCAUUCUAUGGAGCUAAUGAAAUGGAAUCUACGACCAUAGGCGCGACAAACAAGGCAUUACCAGUUCAUGCACCCAUUGUUGCUGGUCCAAAGGAAAUUAUAGCUAUUGUCCAGCCAUCAAAUUUUAGUUAUUCCACUGCUCCAAAGAACUUGGAUCAAAGGUACAUUGUCAAAAAUAAAAUGGAAAUGUCAAUGGAAGUCAAAUUCAGUGGCGAUUCUGAUAAUGGUCAAGAAAGUCAUCUUUAUUCAUCUUGCGUGACACCAUCUUGUUAUAGAGGAUCUCAUGGUCUAUACAUUGUUUCCUUGUAG